AUGCGCGCUUGGAAUAAGGGUCGUUAUAGUGGGAGUUUGCUUUGUGUAUCCUACGGGGAGGUUUUAUGAAAUGGGAUAUUGUAUUGACUCAACAGGAAAUAGACUACGGUUUAGAGUAGUACAUCGUCAGAGGACAUGAAGAAAUACUGUCGGUGAUAUUAAACGCAGAGAGGCUACUUUAUUGUGCUGUAGAAGUUUUGACAUGUUUCUAGCAGUGCGGCUCGUUUUUUUAGCAUACUCUCUUCUGUUUAUGUGCUAGAAUAAGAAGAAGUGUCAUUUCGCUUGAUACAUUUUGCCUUGCCGGAGCUACAAUGACACCGUUGAAUUUGACAAUGAAGGAGAGAACACUUCGUCGCGCUAAAACCCACUGGACUUCAACAGCAGCAACAGCUGGAAUAGUUGUGCUGUGUGUGUUUGCGUGGUCUUGUCACGCGGAAGAAGCAUCUUGUCACGGAGCUUACGACUUGUACUUUGUUCUAGAUAGAUCGGGAAGUGUUUCUAACGACUGGGGUGAGAUUUAUGCCUUUGUGAAGAAUCUGACAGAUCGAUUUGUGAGCCCCAGCAUGAGGGUUUCCUUUAUAGUGUUCUCAUCUUCAGCCAAAGUGAUGUUACCUCUCACUGGAGACAGGUAUGAAAUCCAGAAAGGCUUGGAGGCACUGAGAGAGGUGAAGCCAGCAGGGGAAACCUACAUGCAUGAAGGGAUUAAAGAGGCAAACCUUCAAAUCAAAGCCCAAGCGACCAAGUCCUCCAGCAUCAUUGUGGCUUUGACGGACGGAAAGCUGGAGGUCUAUGUACAUGAACUAACAGUUGAAGCGGCCAACGAUGCAAGGUACUACGGUGCUCGGGUGUACUGUGUUGGUAUCAAGGACUUUGACGAGCAACAGCUAGCCGAGGUGGCUGACACCAAAGAUCAAGUGUUCCCUGUUAAAGAUGGCUUCCAUGCACUCAAAGGCAUUGUCAAUUCAAUAUUAAAGCAGUCCUGUACAGAGAUCCUGACAGUGGAGCCAUCCAGUGUCUGUGUGAACCAGUCGUUUGACAUCGUGCUUCGAGGGAACGGCUUCUCGGUGGGACGAGGCAACGACGGGGUCGUCUGUAGCUUCAUGGUGGGCCAGCAGAUCUACAAUCGGAAGCCAAGCAUUGUGCAGAACGAUUAUCUCCUGUGUGCUGCACCGGUUCUGUAUGAAGUCGGACAGUCGAUGGACGUACUGAUCAGUCUGAAUCACGGGAAAUCCUUCAUCUCUAGUGCCUUCACCAUCCACGCCUCAACAUGUUCGAACGGCUUCGCUGUAGCCAUAACUCUCCUGGUGCUGUUGUUACUGGCAGCCUUGGUAGCUGCUUGGUGGUUCUGGCCUCUCUGCUGCACCGUGGUCAUUAAACCCCCGCCUCCUCCCCCUGCUCCAUUGCGGCCUCCACCACCUGAGCCAGAGGAGGAUGACCAUCUGCCCAAGAAGAAGUGGGCGACUGUGGACGCCUCGUACUACGGAGGGAGAGGAGCAGGGGGGAUCAAACGCAUGGAGGUGCGUUGGGGAGAGAAGGGCUCUACAGAAGAAGGGGCAAGGCUAGAGAAGGCUAAGAAUGCUGUAGUGUCUGUUCCUGAGGAGGUGGAAGAGCCCAUGACGCCCAGACGGGUCCCCAAACCCAAACCUACAUACCAACAGCGCCAGGAGUCCAAAUGGUAUACCCCUAUAAAGGGUCGACUGGAUGCGCUGUGGGCAUUGCUUCGGCAACAGUACCACAGAGUUUCUCUCAUAAGACCGACCACUGCGGACAAGGGGAAAUGUAUUAAUUUCAGCCGACUGCAGAACCGUUAGAAGACAAAGAAUAUAAUCUACAAUGAUGACUAUUCUCUCGGUAAAAGAUCCAAAAUUUCUCCCAAAAACUAUAGUGUCCAAAACCACUAUCCAUUUGCUUCUCUCCAUUUUAUGCACAAAAUGGGGGACUCUUCUCCAUGAUAUCUCCUGCUUUCUCAAAAAUCAUACUCAUAAGAACAUUUCAAUAUUUCCAUCCAUCCAUAACUGGGAUAUAACUUCAUAUUUUUCCACUUGUCGUUUUUUUUUAUUACUUUUUUUUUCUCACAAGAAGCGAAAGCGAAUUAAAGUACUGGACAAACUGGCCGUUCGGAUCCAGUUAUUAUUAUUUUUGUUGUGCACCAAAGGAUUAACAUAUUCUGACCAUAUUGUGCCUGCUGUGGAAAACCUUAUUUCAUGGGCACAGACGGAAGCUAUCUAAAAAAAAAAA